CUCUCUGGACGGUGGGAUGCUCGCGGUGGUUCCGAGUGCCGCCGGCCCGGGCUGUGCCCGCAGCCCUGCCCGUACACAGCCCGCAUCUGCCGGGCUCUGGGUGCGGAUGUGCUGAGCUCAUGGUGCUGUCACAGCUCCGUGCCGCGGGAUAACGCGGCCGCUCUGCUGCUUCCCCAGGUCCUCCAUCCUCAGCGAAGUCUCCACACGGUCCAGAUCUAAAUUGCCAUCGGGCAAGAAUAUUCUCGUUUUUGGUGAUGAUGGUUCAGGCAAAACCACACUUAUGGCUAAAAUACAGGGAGCAGAGCAUGGCAAGAAAGGAAGAGGACUGGAAUACUUGUAUCUGAAUAUUCACGAUGAAGACAGAGAUGAUCACACUCGCUGCAACGUCUGGAUCCUGGAUGGAGACUUGUACCACAAAGGGCUGCUGAAGUUUGCAGUUUCUGCUGAAUCCCUGCAAGACACCAUCGUGGUCUUUGUUGCAGAUAUGUCUAGACCUUGGACUGUUAUGGAGUCUUUACAGAAAUGGGCCAGUGUCUUGCAAGAGCACAUUGAUAAGAUGAAAAUUCCUCCAGAAGAGAUGAGGCACAUGGAGCAGAAGUUUAUAAAGGAGUUUCAGGAGUAUGUAGAACCUGAAGAAGGCUACCAAGGAUCACCUCAGAGAAGAGGCCCCUCAUCUGGCCAGGAGGAUGAACAUGUUUCCCUGCCCCUCGGAGACAACGUGCUGACUCACAACCUGGGCAUUCCUGUGCUCGUGGUGUGCACAAAAUGUGAUGCAGUGAGUGUCUUGGAGAAGGAGCACGACUACAGGGAAGAACACUUUGACUUCAUUCAGUCACACAUCCGCAGAUUCUGCCUACAGUAUGGGGCUGCCUUGAUUUAUACAUCAGUUAAGGAGGAGAAGAACCUUGACCUGUUGUAUAAGUACAUUGUACAUAAAACCUACGGUUUCCAGUUUACCACGCCUGCCUUAGUGGUAGAGAAGGAUGCAGUUUUUAUACCUGCUGGUUGGGACAAUGAAAAAAAAAUUGCCAUUUUACAUGAAAACUUCACUACAGUAAAACCAGAAGAUGCAUAUGAGGACUUCAUUGUAAAACCUCCUGUAAGAAAGUUAGUCCAUGACAAAGAGCUGGCAGCAGAAGAUGAGCAAGUAUUUCUUAUGAAGCAGCAGUCGUUCCUUGCCAAACAGCCAGCAACGCCUACAAGAGCAUCAGAAUCUCCUGCACGAGGCCCUGCAGGAUCUCCAAGAACUCAAGGCAGAGCUGGUCCCGCCAAUGUACCCAGUGCCUCACCAAUCACAUCAGUUAAGAAACCAGAUCCAAAUAUUAAAAAUAAUGCUGCAAGUGAAGGUGUCUUGGCUAGUUUCUUUAACAGUCUCUUGAGCAAAAAGACUGGCUCUCCUGGAAGUCCUGGUGCUGGAGGAGUGCAAAGUACAGCCAAGAAAUCAGGACAAAAGACAGUUUUGGCAAAUGCUCAGGAGGAGCUGGACAGGAUCACCCGCAAGCCUGACUCCAUGGUAACAACAAACUCUCCUCCAACAGAGAACGAGGCUUGAUAAGGCAGAACAAUGCAGAUGUAAAUGACCAAAUAACUAUGUAUAGUGAUCUGAUAAGACCAGGAAUUUUCUGCUAUGGCAGAUGCUAUCAGUUUUCACGGGGCAGGGGAAAUGAACUUACUACAUCAUUGCCUUGUCCCAGUAAAAAGUGCACAUUCAGGAAGUUUGCAUAUAAAAUCCCUCUGUAUAAGAUAACCAUUUAGAGUUUAUAUAGGGCAAUUCUUUUUGUUUGGAGGUAAAGCAGGUGCAGCUGCAUUUCCUGUUGUGAAGAACACAGAGAAGCAAAAUGGAGAAUUCUCUUAAAAGUACUACUGACUGCACGGGAGGCAAGAAAGAGAACUGAAACCCUCUUUCAGAGUUACUGGAAUUGGCUACUUGUAUGUUUGCAAUGCAUUAUAUGCUUGGAGUGGUGGUGGUGGAACAGCAUUAACUGGGGGAAGGUGGGGAAUGGAGCCCUAAAAGGGGAAAUGGAUUUGGGACAGCGAGAAACCAGAAUGUUGGAUUGACUGGAGAGGAGCAAUGUUGUCAAAUCCUGUGUUUCACAGGGGGUUAAUAGUCACUGUUUUUAAAAGACUACUUUACAUUGGAGAAUUCCAGGCCAAACACUAAGAACCAUGGGAAUUUAUUCUUGUUAUAAAUCUUGUUUUAGUUUUUAAAGAAGUCUUAAGAGUGUGCCCUUUCUGGUGUAGCUGACAAAGGGAGAAACUAAACUUGUUUAGCUCCAAGUGCCUGGCACAGUAUGUGAUGUGUCUUUAGAAGGUGCUUGAACUUAUUGUGCACUGUAGUACAAACAGUCACUGUUUGGUUUUAUUUGAAAAACAGUAGUUUGGCAAUUUGUAUUUAAUUUUAAAUCCUGUUUUCUGAUAGCUUCUGCCUUUUUUAUGCCAAGAGGCUGGCCUAUGAAGAAUGUUGGGUGAUGGAUCAUGUUCCCAUAAUGAAAUGUGCUACAGAACACUCUCAGUAUUUUUCUUUCUUACUUUUUUUGUAACUAAAUAUUAGCUACCGAGCUAAAAUGGAUUCCUGCCUUACACCUAUGGAGGUUUUUAAAAAAAACUUUCAAGGCCCUAGUUCCAACCACAUCUGCUGCAGGUGCAGCCAACUCCAAUCCCGAAAGUAACCUAAAAAGUAUGAAUGUGUACAUGACGGACAUCGUGAAGAAGUUGUUUUGUGUUUUCUUUCAUGUAGCAUUUCAUUUGGAAAGAUGGGUUGUGGUUGUCCCCGUUGCUCUAAGGGAGCCCUGUCCAUGGUCACAUAAACCCUCAUUCUGUAAAAACAAACACAACUGCAGUGGUUACUGAAAUGGCACUUUGAUUUUAUACACAGUAUGCUUGUUUUACAUGGACACACUACCAGAAAUUAAAAAUACCAAGCAUAGUCUGUGCUCUUAACGCUGAAGGGAAAAACCACAAUUUGAAUUAUACAGAGUUUACUUUUUAUUGAUAUGAACUUGUUGUACUAAAUCUGAUGUCUGGAUAUAACUUCCCUAAUAUAUAUUGUUACUUAAAUAUACAGAAUUAGACUGACCACUAACACAGUGCUGGGUGUUAACCUCAACUCCUAUGUUACAGCAAGAGGCUGUUUGUGCAAGCCUGUCUAGACAUCUAGAAAGCUAAGAGUAUUUACUUGCCUCUUUGACAAACAUUAACAUGAGUAUGUUACUUGUGCCAGGUUUUUUUUUG